GGCAGGGCGGUGCAUUCUGGGAUACACUGGUGCCGGGAAAGGCGCAAAUUUCCACUCUACCCCGCCCCCACAGCCUAAUCUCGUGACAGCAGCCAGUCAGCGCUAGGCUCCGCCCAAUGUCUCCCACGUGACAAAGGUGGUAGUUGUCUGUUUCCACGGUAACCCGGACCCCCUCCGAGUUACCCAUAGGCCUGGCAGUGAGUGGGCCUAGCUGGCCUGGGUUUGCCUGAGCGUGGUACGGGCCUCGCCGCCCGCUCCUGGGACUUGUUGACCAUGUCCCCAGGCUGGCCCCGCACCCCCGGCAGGUGGCGCAGCGCCCGUGGAGGAUGGUGUGUGAUCAGCAGGACUCUGCAUUGCCCAUGGCCCGGGCCCCGGCUGCAGGCGGCCUAGACUGGGGGAAACUUUCACGCCACCUAUCUCGGCCAGAAUGGUGCCACGAAGGGGCCAGCUUUUUAGAAAUGUGGUCGUUCUCUUCUCUCUAGCGUGCUCGGAGGUUGGACUGGAAUCCCCAAUCCAGACAUCCAUGGAUUUUGGAUUUGCAUCUGAUUCCAGACUCAUACUUGGAACAGCAGUGUUUUGGAGCCUGUGGCAGCAGUAGCAACCAUCCCCUGAGCCAGGUCUCUGUUGGCUGCCACGGGAUCACUGUCUACAGAUGUUUUACUCCACCUUUGGCCCCUGCAGGAAGGAAAAGAGUGGGGAGAAAAUCAAAUUUUUUCAGUAAAGAAGAAGUGAACUCCUCAAUCUCUAAUGAACAGUUCAUUUCCACAUCUCUUCCUUCUGUGGCAGCUGAAAAGAAAGCAGAGACAGGGAGGCACGAGAGAAGCACGUGGAGCACCAGGCACAGAGGCUUUUGCAUGUAUUUGUUUUUUGAAAGCUAUAGAGCCAGUUUCUGCAGUUUCAUCAAGCAAACACCUUUUGAUUUCAGUGGGAGUUUUGUACAAGUCCUGAACAAGAUACUAUUUUUAUUCUAGUUACUUCCUACCAUGAAAUUUCUAAAGCAAGAGGUCAAGUAAGACAAGCUGCUUUCCUCUCCUUCUUGCCCUUUUCCUGCGUGAAGGCUCCCUCAGCCUGGUGAUUACAAAUAAAACCUUACUUUGGGCUAUUGUCAGUUUUGGAGCCACUCUCAGCAAAAAAAAGAACUUUCAUGUGAAAGGCAGCAGACUGUUGUGACCCUGCUAAAUGACCUGUUCAUCAGGGGGCAGAGACGCUCUGGAAAUAAUGAUUUGCAUAGAGAUCAACAUUCUCAUUUUUUUUUCUUCAAGAGUAUGACACAGUAGAAAUGUAUCACCAAUGAAAUAAGAGCACAGGCACUUAAAAGAACUCAUAGACCUCCUGAGUGCUAUAUUAUACUCCAGACAACAGUAACAUCUGUCAGCUUGGAUAUAGUAGAACUGUGUAUUGUGCAGGGGUCUCCAAAGGAAGUGAAGUGUGGGGAAAAUGACCUGUGAACUGAAUCUGAACUUCCUUAAGGAAUUGGAACGUGAGACAGUUUUACAGGUCCUGUACCGUGACCAGAUGGUGAGAAAAGUGGAUGAGGAAAGGAUAAGGAAAUUGAAAAUGCAGUUGCAGCAACUUCGAUGGAAGGGGGCAAAAAGUGUAAGCCAUGAAUACCAGGAAAGAUCCUGCGCUCGCUGUCAGAAAUCCUUGGGCCUGGUGAUGAAUAGAGGUGCAGUGUGCAAUGGAUGCAGUCAUCGAGUGUGCUCUGAGUGCCGUGUCUGCCUGAAUCCCUACCUGUGGAAAUGCACCAUCUGUUAUGCUCAUGGAGACAUGAAAGUAAAGACUGGGGAAUGGUUCUUUGAGGAACGUGCCAAGAAAUUCCCAGCUGAAGGUAGACACGAAACAGCUGGUGCAAAGCUCUUGAAAUCUUAUCAGAAACUGAGUAAAAUUUCUGUGGUUCCUCCUACUCCCCCACCUUUCACUGAAACCACCGGGAGAAACACCGCAAUGGAAAUCAGCCAAUCUAAAAGUUUUAAUAAGUCUGUGGAAAACUUGUUUCUGUCUCUUGCUACAAAUAUGAAAAAAAUCUCAAAGUCCCAGAAUGAUAUGAGGUCUGACAAAAGUCUCCUAACUACAGAUUAUGGGCAGGACGUGGAACAGAGGAAGGAAAGGAGGAGUCAGUCUGACACUGCCAUCGAUAUUGCACACAGGAUAAAAAAUAUACCAAGCCUUCAGCAACUCAUCAAUGGGACACGGGACGACAAUGAAAUCUUUACCAAAAGGUAUUGCAAGCAGGCAGAAGACAUUCCAACCAGUCCCAUGAGUGACACUGUAUUCUGCGGUGGCAAAAAACAUGGCAGUUUAUAUAGCAUUAACAGCACUUGCACCGAGGCUGGCAAUUUUGACAUGGUUAAUGUCACAGGAGAAAUAGAGUUUGCCAUCAGAUAUGUCUUUAAAGCCUGCACUUUAGAAGUCUGCAUCAAGGCCUGCAAGAACCUGGCUUACGGAGAAGAGAAGAAGAAAAAGUGUAACCCGUAUGCAAAGACUUAUUUGCUUCCUGAUAAAUCUUCUCGGAGUAAACGGAAGACAGCUGUUAAAAAGAACACAGUGGAUCCGGCAUUCCAUGAAACUUUAAAGUAUAAGAUUGAAUACUCCCAGCUGGAAACACGACAGCUUCAAAUAUCUGUGUGGCACUCAGAAACACUCAAGCGAAGGGUGUUCCUUGGAGAAGUGGUUGUUCCAUUGGCGUCUUGGAAUUUUGAAGACAAUUCAACACAGUCAUUCAAUUGGUACCAGCUUAAAGUGAAGUCUGAAAAGCCUGAAGACAACCUGGUUCAGUACAAUGGAGAACUCCUGGUGUGUGCAAAACUGAUCUUACCAUCCCAGUCUAAAAAAUGCCAGUAUGAAGAGCAGAUGAGAGGAGGGAUAGAAGACCAAGCAUGUGCAGAUGGCCAGCUUCACCUUGUGGUGCUUGGAGCCAAGAACUUGCCUGUGAUGAGAAGUGGUGGCACUUUGAACUCAUUUGUUAAAGGUUGUCUCACUCUCCCGGACCAACGUGAGAUAAGACAGAAAUCUCCUGUCCUGAAGAAAGAAGCCUGUCCUCAGUGGAAGCACCUGUUUGUCUUUGACGGCGUGACCCCAUCGCAGCUACGGCAAUCUUGUCUGGACUUGGCCCUCUGGGACCAGGCAUCUUUUGGCUCAAAUGACCGGUUCCUGGGGGGAGCCAGGCUUAGCACAAAAGAACCAUCUGGCACCUGGGAUUCAGACCCCCAAGCAAAACGUCAGUGGCAGAAAAUACUCAGCAGCCCAAACACUUGGAUAGAUAUUACACUUACGCUGCAUUCAAAUACGGACACUUAAGUCCUAAUAGCACCCGUGUGACAAGCAUAUCUUCCAUGUGUGAGCAGUUGGAAAGGAAAGAAUUGCCCAAACAUCGUACUCAAGGUUAAGCAGCACGGCAUGCUCUCUGGUCAUGUCUGCCUUCUGGAAAGAAACAUAUCCUUUGAAAAGAGCUCUCCACACGUAAGCCACUUGUAUCUAUACGUAAAACAGAACUGUGUAAUUAGAAUCAUUACAAAACUAAUAAAAUAUUAAACUGUUACA